CAAUAUUUGCCAUCUCCCAAAUACAUGGUCUUUCAAGAACUUUCAUUUUACUAAAACGCCGGUUUUUCACCUUUACCAUUCGUACAGAGCGUGACGAUGGAGCAAAUACUUCAAAAAUUGUUGGUAGCCAACAGCACGACGAUACAAGAGGGUACGAAAGAGUUAAAGGAGGCGUUUAAGAAUACCGAAGCCAUCCCGGCGCUUUGUGAUGUUUUGGUCGCGUCGGCUAGUCCGCAAGUUCGACAAACUGCUGCUGUUGUAUUGCGGAGGAGGUUGGGAAAGAGACAUUGUUGGAAUAAAUUGGAUGUGAACGUUAGGAAUAGAAUAAAACAAGGAAUGCUACAAGCGUUAUUAAGUGAACAAGAAAAAUUAGUGAAAAAUUCAAUAGCACAGUUUAUUGGUAUAGUUGGAAAAUAUGAAUUUCCUGAUAAUACUUGGCCGGAAAUUUUACAAUUUAUUCAUCAAUUAUGUAGCAGUGAAAACGUUUUAGAUAGAGAAAUGGGAAUGUAUACUUUAUCAAUAAUGACAGAAAUCUCCAAAGGUUCUUAUUUACCACAUACCGAAGUUUUAGCAACAUUAUUUACAAACAUCUUAAACAACAUGCAAGAACUUAGUUCCAAUUUGGCGUAUUACACGGUUAUCACAAUGAAACAUUUAGUAUCGGUUAUCGGGGGACAUCAUCAAAUGGUUAAUGUUUAUCAUACUUUAUUACCCCGAGUUUUAGAGAUUAUAAACAGUUUUUGUCAGACUGACGAAAAAAGAGCUUGUGAAUUAUUCGAAAUUCUCGAAGAUUUAAUGGAGGAUGCCGUCGCGGUUGUUAUUUCGCAUAUAAGAGUUAUAAUGGAGAUGUGUUUAAGAAUUGGGUGUAAUAAAGACAUCGAAACUAGCGUUCAAAUUAAAGCUAUCAGUGUUAUAGGGUGGAUAAUAAGAGUUAAAAGUAAAGUGGUUCAAAAAAAUAAACUCAUCGAGCCGGUUAUUGACGUUUUAAUACAAUUAAUGGCACAGAAACCGGAAGAUGAUGUAAAUGAGGAAUAUUUUCUUGGUGAUCCAGAUCAAUUCACCACAACAACAAUCGCAGCUCAAACUCUGGAUUUAGUUGCGUUAAAUGUUCCACCUGAAAAAGUAGUACCUUAUUUAUUAAUGAGGGUUGAACCCGCCCUUCAAGGAAACGAUAUCUACGCCCAAAAAGCAGCUUAUUUAGCCCUCGCCGUUUUAGCGGAAGGUUGUGCUGAUUACAUCAGGAAAAAAUAUUUAGAAGCAUUUUUAAAAUGUAUUUAUAACGGAAUCAAAAAUCCAAACGUUGUUGUUAGAAAUGCGGCGUUUUUUGCUUUAGGACAAUUUUCGGAACAUUUACAACCUGAAAUAAGUCAAUAUGCAUCAGAACUCCUCCCAGUUUUCUUUGACUAUCUCUCUCAAUUAUUCGUCGAAAUGUCCCAAUCAAAGACUGAACCCUCAGGUCUCGAUCGUAUGUUCUACGCCCUACAAGCGUUUUGCCUUAAUUUAGACGAUGGCCUCCUUCCAUACCUUCCAACAUUAAUGGAGCGUCUCUUAGUGGCUUUAGACCCAUCAAGUUGGUCGUUACAACUAAAACGGGUCGCAUUAAGCACUUUGGAAUCAGUCGCGUCGGCGGUUAAAGAAAAAAUAAUGCCCUACUUCCAAAAAAUCAUCGAAAUACUUUUUACAUACAUCAAUGCCAACCCGGACUCGGAUAUCCACGAACUUCAAUCGUACGCUUUGGAAUGUUUGGCAACUGUGGCUGAUACGGUAGAUCCCGAAACGUUUAAACCACUUUCCCAACAAACGUUAGAGAUGGCGUUAAAAAUAUUGGCGGAAAGCGAAGAUCCGGAUGUGAAGAAGAGUAUUUAUGCUUUAUGCGCCGCUUUAGCUGGAGUUAUGAAAGAGGGGAUUAAUCCUGCUCUUCCUACCAUCGUUGACGCGAUGAUUAAAACAAUUCAAAGUAGUGAAGGAAUAAUCGCGCAUUACGAAGAAGAUGAAAAGGAAGGUUUAGAUUUAUAUGAUGAUAUAUCAGGAUCUGAAAACGAAGACGAAGAAGAUAUUGAAAAUGAAUCUGUUAGCAGUGAUUCAACUCAAUGUCGAUAUUCUGUUGAGAAUUCUUAUAAUGAUGAAAAGGAACAAGCCUGUUUGUCAUUAACAGAAUUAUCAAAGAAAUUAAGUUCGUUCUUCUUACCAUAUCUUGAAAAGAGUUUUGAAGAAAUCUUUAAACUUCUCGAUUAUCCUCAGGAAGACAUUAGGUCAUCGGCUAUUGCCGCAUUAGAACAAUUUUGUAUAACCCUUCAUGAACAACAAACUCCUGAAGGGAAACAAGCCCUUUACAAAGCAUUACAAAUGUUCAUACCAAAGUGUGCUCAAAUUAUUAAAUUUGAGGAGGAACAAAACAUUGUGAUUCAAGCCACAAACGCUUAUAGUAAUAUGCUUGAAUCUAUAAAAGGGGAUAUGUUUGUUGGUGAAGGUCAUAGAGAGGCCAUUAUGAACUGUGUGAUUGACUUGUUGACUAAAAAAACAACUUGUCAAGAUAACGAUAACAACGAUUCAGGGGACACUGUUGAUGAUGAUGAAGAAUCUGAACAAACUGAAUUGUUACUUGAAUGUGCAGGAGAUAUUAUUCCAAAAUAUGGAAAUGCUUUAACGCCUGAUGAGUUUGUUUUGUAUUUUCAAAAUGUUCUUAAUUUAUUAUCAAUAAGAACGAAAAAUAAGAAAAGUGUGAGUCAACGAUCGUUUGGUUAUGGAACAUUAGCUGAAUGCAUGAAACCUCUUGGAAUUUACGUUGAAAAAUUUGUUCCUGCUUUAUUACAAUUAUGGGUUGCUGGAGCAAAAGAUGAAAGUGAAGAUGUUAGAAAUAACUCAGUUUUUGGACUUGGCGAAAUGGUACUUUAUGGAAAAGAUUGUAUGUUUCCUCAUUACAAUGAUAUAUUACACGGUUUAUCAAAUAUGCUUCCAAAAGAGACACAUUCAGGAACAAUGGAUAAUAUCAGUGGGGCUUUAGCAAAAUUAAUAAUAGCCAAUGUAAACGCAGUACCGAUGGACCAAGUAUUUCCAGCACUCCUUCAGCAUUUACCAUUAAAAACCGAUUUUGCUGAAAACGAGGCGAUAAUUAAAUGUUUUUGUGGAUUGUAUCAACAGGGUAAUGUCCAUAUUAAAAAUAAUAUGGAAAAUGUUGUUAAAAUUGUCGUUCAUAUUUAUCAUAAUAAACAGACUGAAAAUGAUGUUACUUUAUUAAUGGUAACAGAAUUCUUAAAAACUAUAAACCGAGAUUUUCCCCAAGAAUUUGGAAGUAUAGUUUCUUCGUUAGGUGAAGAUGUAACAGGCAAUGUGCAAAAAUUAUUUAUAUCCUAACGUUUUUUUUUUAUUAAUAUUUAUUUUAUUUUAAUAAUUUAAUGAUGUAUUGCUUGUUUUUUCUAUCGCCUAAUGCAUGAAAUUGCGUGGUAAAUCUCAAAAAUUAAAAACAAAUAAUAAAUUGUAUACCUACGAGAUUAUUUGGAUGAAUUUACAUUACAAAAGCACAAAGGUACGCAAUUAUUCUCUCAUUUUCAUUGUUAUUCUUCAGUGUUUGGAAUCGAGAAAGAACGUGAUUAAACAAAACUGCAAAAUUAGCUAUUUUAUGCUUAUACAUUGUUAUUUACAGUGUUUUUUUAUAUAAAGAUUUAUUGAAGUAAACAAA